AGAGAAAGAGAGAGAGAGAGAGAGAGAGAGAGAGAGAGAGAGCAGUAAAAGCACCAGAGCGCAUCAGUGACUGCAUGCCCACACCUCUGGCAAACCUGACGGAUUGUCCUUAUUUUUAUAAUAUUUUUUGUGCCAUUUUCUUUUUGGAUUCGUUUUUUUCUUAUGUAACUCGUGCUUUUUUAUUUAUUUUUAAACGCAUUCCCUGACAUGCUUGUUUGGGUGUUACCUUGAUGCGCAGCAUAUUCCAGGAUAUACAGAAGCAGCCAUUACUGCAGCUCUUGUUUUCACACGUUGUGGAGGACAGGAUCGUGCGGGAUUGGAUUAAAAGAAUUCAGGAAGAAGGAAAGAGCUUCUUCAGUUAUUCUCCACCCAGACACCAUUGUUGUCUAGACUGAGCACCAAGUCAUAUUUUGAUGCUGACCUUAAACUAAGCCUGGUGUCUGGUUCUUCAAUUUUGAAAGCAGUGAGGCAACAUCCUCAGCUCCAGUACCAGGCAUAUUUUACACAUUUGCUGUAAAGACUUUGCACAUCUAUCUUUGGCAUCAUGGGAACCGUCCUGUCGCUCUCCCCCAGCUACCGGAAGGCUGCCCUGUUUGAGGACGGUCCAGCCACAGUGGGCCCCUACACGGCCGUUCAAAACAGCAAGAACGCCAAAGACAAGAAUUUGAAGCGUCACUCGCUUAUUAACGUGUUACCUUGGAAGCGGAUAGUAGCUGUUUCUACUAAGAAAAAGGGUUCUAAGAAGGUGCAGCCCAAUACCACAUACCAGAACAACGUCACCCAUCUGAACAAUGAAAACCUAAAGAAGUCACAAUCCUGUGCUAACCUUUCCACAUUCACCCAGGAGCAGUCAAGCCCAUCUAACCAAGGCUCCAAAAGCUCUAACAAUGUGGUCUCAUCUGUCAAGAAAGCACCCUUGUCCAACUCUAGUGUGGCUCCUGGUACACCCAAGAGGGUGAUUGUUCAGGCCUCGACCAGUGAGCUGCUGCGCUGCCUUGGUGAAUUCCUGUGUCGGAGGUGUUACCGCCUCAAGCAUCUUUCUCCUACUGACCCAGUGUUAUGGCUGCGCAGUGUGGACCGUUCCCUGCUGCUGCAAGGCUGGCAGGACCAAGGUUUCAUCACCCCAGCUAACGUCGUCUUUGUUUACAUGCUCUGUCGAGAUGUGGUCUCUUCAGAACUAGCCACAGAACACGAGCUGCAGGCGGUGCUUCUUACCUGCCUCUACUUGUCCUACUCCUACAUGGGCAAUGAAAUCUCCUAUCCUCUCAAGCCAUUCCUGGUGGAAAGCUCAAAGGAGACCUUCUGGGACCGCUGCCUGUCUAUUAUCAACCUGAUGAGUGCCAAGAUGCUGCAGAUCAACUCAGACCCACACUACUUUACCCAGGUGUUUGCAGACCUCAAGAACGAGAGCCAGAAGGAAGAGGAGAGGAGUCGUUUACUCAUCGGGCUAGACCGGUGAGAGAAUGCUGAACAGUAGAAAAAGUGGGAUUGCACCCCAGUCUGGCAUUUUUAAAUGGGAUUCCAAAUGUUUCCGCAGAUAUAAAUAUAUCUCUCUUUUUAAAGGCAUAAAUGCUUACUACUAAGUUCAGAUGUUGUCAAACUACCUAAUUGGUCUUACAGUUCCGCCAGGUUUGUUUAUGAUUAAGGUUUAAGACAGAUAGGCCAGACCUGGGUGCACCCAAGCAGUCUUGUAUGAUUAAUUUUAAAUUCAUCAACGAAAAAAAAAGACAGAGAAGAUCAAAAAAACAGAGAAAAACAUAACAGAGAAAACAGUAGAAGUAGGAACAUCAAUUUACAAGUACGAAUGUGUCGAAGGCUGACCAGCCACAGAGAACUGAAGAUGUGCACUGCCUUUUGUGUAAUGGUGUCUUACCAGACUGUUUUGCUGCGUACAGUGAGGACUGAGAACGUGACUAUGAGACAGAGGACAUCACGCCCACACUGCAGCCACGCUGUCGGAUGCUCAUUAAAUAACACACACUUUGGCUUUAGUAGCAGUAUGUAUAAAUAAGUCUUGUGACGACAAUAAGGAGAAGGGGAGCUCCAGAAAUACACAUUUUAUUGGAUGGAUUUUAACAUUCUGGCAGCACUGCACAGCAGGGUUUCAAAGACAACACGAGGUGAAAGGUGUUGGGCACACUGCUGUAAAAAAAAAAAGGCCUACGUUAUUUUCAUCAAUAUGGAUUUAGGUUCUGCUCAGCAGUGCAACUCUGGGGCUCUGUCGUUUGUUUUUUUGUUUUUUUUGUUUUUUACUUGAAAAUGUAACUGAAUGCAUGUGUGCCAUGCAAUUUUGUAUGGUGUUUUGAGGGUAAAAAACAUGUUUUUGUUUAUUUAAUUCCAUCGACUCUUUAGAACCAACUGUAUCCGCAACUAGGGAAUGUUUUUUUUUUUAAACAAAGUGUACAUUUCUUUAGCUAUGCUUGCUACAGUGAGCCAUGAUUGUACAAAGUAUCUUUUGUUGUUUUGUGUCACAUUGUGUCACUGUCUAGUUGGGCAAGGAUCCAUAUAGACAAAAAAGCUUGAUGUAAAUUUUGCAAAACCAGUGCCAUACCUUUGAUGAAAAUCAUGUAGGUCUAAAAAAAAAAAAAAAAAAAAAAAAAAAAAGAAAAAAAAUACACCAAAGGGGGGCAAUCUCUGAAAUGGUUCAUUAAUUCUAAGUAAGAAUAUCUAUUCAGUCUUAAUUUAUUUAUUGUUGUUUAUUUAUUCUCUUAGCACAUCCAUUGUAUUUAAAAGUUUUUUAUUAAUGUAUUGUAGAAAUGACUAGUACAAUGGCUACUUUCACAUGUAGCAUUUAGACGUAGGUGAUUUGUGGUGAACCUGGUAAACUUUGGUGGAAAUGAAGAUUGUGGGUGAUGCUUUUUGAAGGAAUAAGCUAAGGAUAUACCAUCGAGAAGCUGCAUCUAUUACCAGUACAAGUCUGAGCAUCACCGAAGGUAUUAAUCAGUGCAACAACGAGGCACUGUUGGUUUCAGCCUUAGCUAUAAAUACCUGAAACCAUUUUCUCUCUGCUGAGAUGUUCCACGUUUUAAUUAAAACAACAGGUAAAAGAAGUAUCAUUCACAAGCAGCCUAGUUCUGGCCUUUUUGUGUCAAGCAACAUUGCCAUGAAAGACUGGAUUGUGAUUUCUUUACACACUCAUAUAUCUAGGAAAUGAUUAAGGCCUGAGUGUGUUAUAUCUCCAAGCAGAAUUCUAUUCGAUGUGGACCUUUAGCCUUGAUAUAGCUUAAUUAAAACAGUGGAUCAGGAUAAUUUUCAGUCCAGAUACUAAAUGAAUGUCAUAAUUAAUAAUGACAUUCAUUUAUUUUAAAAUAAAUAAACCUGUGACUGCAUCUUGAUAUUAGACUGAAACCUCACACUUGAUCUUAUUAUACUGUACAUCUCAGCAGUGAUCAAUUACGCAUGUUUCCUUUCAGUAGAAUGUUUCUUUACAGACAUAGAAAAAGUGCUACAAAUCAUAGAAACACACAUAGAAGUCAUUUAUCUCUGUACAGUAUGUUGUUCCAUGUUGGCUAUUAUUCCCAUGAUGUGAUGGCUAAAGGCUGCCCCUAAACAAUGAGAACUGAAGAUGGAUGAAUGGAUGAAAGGGCAAGUGUAGAAAUAUGUGCCCUUCCUGGAGCAGUGCUGUAUGUGACGGAGGGAAUAAUGGAAUCGAGAUGAGAAUGUGAGAUGUGGUCAUGUAUGUGCAAUGGGUUGAUCAGCUGAAUAAGGACUAUAAGGACUCGCAAGUAUCUCCAGAUUCUACCUGGGGAAAACUGAAUGGGCUUUCAAAUCUCGGGGACUAAUACAGGAAAGUUCCUUUACUGCCUGCUUGCUAUUACUUACCAUCAAUCACUAUCACAACCCCCACCCCCCUCCCCCCACCCCUUACAACACUGGCUAUUUUGUUAAAACAUAAAACAAAAUUUAAGAAACAACAGACAAUGACCACUUUAUUUCAGUAUCUCAUCAUAUUUCUUUGUUGGAAAAAAAAGAAACAGUGUUUCAAAACAACAAAAAAGAAAGGCUCCCUCAAUGACUGCAUGUGUGCAUGAGAGUGAGAGAUCAUUUGUAUAGAAGAAGGUGCAAGGUUUUUUUUUCCUUUGGGGCUGGGGACAAUGCAAGGCAAUGCUUUUAGGACACGAAAAAAAACAAAAAAACGGGCUUGUAAUGGACUGAAGGGUUACAAGUAAAAAAAAAACUAAACAAAACAAAAAACUUGCUGUAAUAGAUUUUUGUUUUCCAGUUUGGUUCAGCUUAUUUUUUAUUUAUUUUUGUACUGUGAUGGGAAAAAAAAAUGCACUGAUCGUUAAGGAUGCACACCUGUGUGGCUGUGGUUCUUUUUUCCUAUGUGUAUUUCUUUUUCCUUCCUUAUUCCCAUUAAACUCGACUCUCUAUU